UGUUGAUAUCUUUACCAUUUUAUUAAAGUAUCUUCAUCGUCUUAACUAUUUUUUUUUUAAUUUGGAAGUUCAUCGUCUUAACUUAAGUAAGGAAUAAUUGAAGUUUCUCGUACAGACAUCCGCUAAAACAACACUCUGUCGGUCGAUGUUCAGUUGUAACUGUAAUCUAAAAAUAACCGCCACCUCCUUCCCAAUAAGAAGACAAAAUGGGAAACUCCCACAGCGGCCGCCACCACCGCAAGAAUCGUCACGGUGCAGCUGCACCAACAUUUAACCAUGGACUGCCGCCACCAAACCAGAACCAGAACCAGAACCAAGACCAAAACCAAAAUCAAAACCAGAACCAGACCACCACGGCCCCAGCAAUUUGUUUACCGUAUGCUCAUGUAGACUCCAGCUUGCGAGCUCUAGCCGGCCAAGCGGAAGGCUUUGGCCGCUUUGCCAUGGGAGGAUUCCACGGCCAGCUCUACCAUGUCAUCACUUUAUCAGAUGAUGGACCAGGAUCACUUCGAGAUGGAUGCCGAAAAAAAGAACCACUUUGGAUUGUCUUUGAAGUGUCAGGAACCAUUCAACUUCAAUCUUACUUGAGUGUAUCAUCUCAUAAGACGAUUGAUGGCCGCGGUCAACGAAUAAAACUCUCUGGAAAAGGUUUGAGGCUAAAGGAAUGUGAGCAUGUUAUUGUUUGCAAUUUGGAGUUUGAAGGUGGUCGGGGCCAUGAUGUCGAUGGGAUUCAGAUAAAGCCUAAAUCAAAGCACAUAUGGAUAGACCGUUGUAGCCUUCGUGAUUAUGACGAUGGGCUGAUAGAUAUCACCCGAGAAAGCACGGAUAUUACUAUUUCUAGGUGCCAUUUUUCUCAGCAUGACAAAACAAUGCUCAUUGGAGCAGAUCCGUCCCAUAUUGGAGACAGAUGCAUUCGAGUAACCAUUCACCAUUGUUUUUUUGAUGGGACUCGUCAACGCCAUCCUCGUGUUAGAUAUGGAAAAGUACAUUUGUAUAAUAAUUACACAAGAAACUGGGGUAUUUAUGCUGUUUGUGCGAGUGUAGAAGCGCAGAUAUACUCUCAGUGCAACAUUUAUGAAGCAGCUGAUAAGAAGAUUGCAUUUAAGUAUCUCACGGAGAAGGCAGCUGACAAGGAGGAAGCAGGGACCGGUUUUAUAAGGUCUGAAGGAGACUUGUUUGUAACAGGAACUCAAGCAGGCUUAAUGUCGGAAACUGUUGCACACUGUACAUUUAAUCCCAGAGACUACUACCCGACAUGGACAGUAGAGGCUCCUAAGGAUGCUCUUAAACAUUAUCUGCAGCAUUCUACUGGAUGCCAACACAUUCCGCGUCCGACCGAUCAGCUAUCAACUGCUUAAGCAUGUUGGAGUUAUAUCUAAAUACUUCAUUCUCCUUUUCUGCUCCUUGAUUGUACAAAGUUUUUUGCCGCAUGUUAAAUUUGUAUAUUUUAGCCUGUUGUAUAUUUGGUCUAAGGGAUUCAAAUCCCUGUUUUCGAGUUUUUUUUUUACAUGUCUAACUUAUAAUCGAAGCUGUAAAAGAAAGCGACCGGCCCCCAUUCUCCCCUAACCAAGUCGGCACUAGCAGGGUCGGCUUUAUCGGGUGUUCUAUUUUGGCUAAAUUUACAGUAUUUACAACUCUUAUGUUAUGCUAUUGUAAUAUUUUGUUAAAUUAGAUUCCUUAAUAUAUCUUACAAUUAGAAUA